CCGUAUUGUAUCUUGAGUAUGAGAACAAUGAUGGCGACUCUAAAUCUGGGUAUAUCUAAAAUAAAAUCCGGUGCCAUGCCGUGAAACAAUUGAAUUAACGAAGUACAGUCUGUAGUUGAAAACAUCAUCAUGAUGCUCGUGCUGUGUUUCCUCGCCUUAUUUUCACUAGCAGCCGCCAAUGAAUGUAUUCCUCGUUAUUUUGGAGAUGGCAGCAUUGUCUGUGUUUGUAACUCCACAUAUUGCGAUUCCACUCCAGAAACUAAUGUUGCACCUAGAAGUUUUCUUUGGUACUCAUCAACAAAAUCUGGACGCAGAAUGGACCUAACAGUAGGAAAAAUGAGUAAUACUUCGACGUCAUCGAGAACCAUUACAAUUGAUCAUAAAUUGCAAUAUCAGGAAAUAAAAGGAUUUGGCGGUGCCUUUACAGACUCUGCUGGAAUUAAUAUUAGAAAUCUCAGUGAAACUACUCAAGAAAACUUAUUCAAUACAUAUUUUGGUGAAGAUGGAAGUAGAUACAACAUUGGACGCGUACCUAUUGGAGGUACCGAUUUUUCGACAAGAUUUUACACAUACGAUGACAUUAAUAAAGAUACUCUAUUAAGAAACUUUAGUCUUGCUUCUGAAGAUAUGGACUUUAAAAUUCCAUUGAUGCAGAGAGCUUUGAGGAUAAAUCCUGAGAUGCAAUUCUUGGCAGCUGCUUGGACCGCUCCUGCAUGGAUGAAAACCAAUGACUAUUACACUGGUUUCGGAUUUCUUAAAAAAGAAUACUAUCAAGUGUACACGGAUUAUAUUCUCAAAUUUAUGGAUAAUUAUAAAAAAGAAGGACUUGAAAUGUGGGCUCUUUCAACUGGUAAUGAACCAUCCAAUGCGUACUAUCCUAUCAAUCGUAUCAAUGCAAUGGGAUGGACAUCGAGUGGUCUUGGAAAUUGGGUUGCAAAUAAUUUGGGACCAUCCUUAGCUAAUUCACAACAUAAUCAAACUCUCAUUAUUACUGUUGAUGAUCAAAGAUACGCUCUUCCUUGGUCUGUUGAUUUGAUUUUUAAAAAUAAUCUUGCAGAAAAAUAUAUUAGUGGCAUUGGCAUUCAUUGGUAUUGGGAUUCAUUGGUUCCGGCCAAGGUCUUGGAUAUUACUCACAAUCAUUUUCCCGACAAAUUUCUUCUAAUAACAGAAUCCUGUGAAGGAUCUUUUCCAUGGCAAAAUCCAAAGGUCAGACUUGGAAACUGGGACAGAGCUGAGUCCUAUGUAACUCAGAUAAUAGAGAAUCUGCAACAUUGGUCAACAGGAUGGAUUGAUUGGAAUUUAGCUUUAGAUAAAACGGGUGGACCCACUUGGAUUAAUAAUAAUGUGGAUUCUCCAAUUAUAGUCAAUCCAGAGACUGAUGAGUUUUUCAAACAACCAAUGUAUUACGCUCUUCAUCAUUUUAGCAGAUUUUUACCUCGUGGAUCUGUUCGAAUUGCAAGUAAAGACAGUUCGAUAAUGUUCCAUCCUCUACUGUCAGUUGCUUUUCAAACUCCAAAAAAUGAAACCGUUGUCGUAAUAUAUAACAGGAGUGGAAGUUUUAAAGAAGUUGAUCUAGUCGACUCAAAAAAUGGAAUAAUCAAUCUUCAAUUAGCGCCACUUUCGAUAAAUACAGUUGUCUAUUCGUCUUAAUAUAAUUAUUUGAUUUAUAUGUAAAUCCGACAUUAAUGCGUAAUCAUAAGACUAAAAUAAAAUUGAUUUAGCCGAAAAUAAAUUUAGAUUUAAGAACGAAAAAUAAAAGUAGAUUAAAAAAAUUAUAA